GCUUCCUACACUUUGGACAACAAGAAAGAGAAAGCAAGAAAGGAAAGUCACCAUUUUUAUGCGUUAAAAGGAGGCUUAAGGGUCUACCAACUGGUAGUUAGAUUUUGAACUCUCUUAAGCAAUGAAUGAAUGAAUCAAACAACAACCUUUUUUUUAUUUCAUUUUGCAAAUUCCUUGCUUUUAAACAACUUUCUAAAUUUUCCCAAAAAGAUAAAGGAAAACAACCCUCAAAAAUUGCCUUUUGUUCUUGUAUUGAUUUUUUUUCUUUUUGUUACACGUGGGAUUCCUGAAAGGAUUGACAAAGGGAACUGUUUGUUCUUGGUAUUCUUAUUCCUUAUUAUCAUCAUCAUUUGUUAGAAUAAAAUAUUACAGUUGUUGUCAUCAAUAAUUUCUUUAUUUGUAUUGAGUGGAAUUAUUUAAUAAUAUUUCUUGGGUUGGUGUCAAUGUUCCAAUGAUAAGGAGGUUCGUUACGUUUGGGAUUAUAUCUCUUUGGGAUUGGUUUUUGUCUCUGCUAUUUUCAAAGCUUCGUUCUUUCUGCUCCCCACUGCAGGCGCAGCUUCUCUUUGGGGGGCUUUCAGUGGAUAUUUCAUGAUGAUGAUGGUGAUAGACUGAUGGUGGUGAUGAUGAAAAUCCUAAAAGAAAAAGAUCUAUUAGCUGAUCACUGUUUUAUUGGGAGGUAGCCAUUUUUAGCAGUUAUAAACUGGUAAUGCUUUAUCAUUCCUCUUGUGCUAAACAUAAGGAAGCGAAUUAUGGCUACUUAUCAUCCAAGUUUUAGCUAUCAAAGAGACGAUUUAUCAAUUACAUAUCUGGGGGACCAAAAGCCUGCCUCUUACAUUGUAUCGUCUUCUCAUCCGGGUAACCCAACAAUAUAUCUGAACGAAGCUUCUUCUGCUGGGGCAUUCUCAGAGAUCUCGUCUGGGAUUUCUAUGUCUCUACAGAACUGUGUUCAAAUUCCAUCUAUUGGUGGUAGAAAUGAAAUGUCAUUCAUUCCAUCCUCAAGUGAUACCGUGUGUUCGCAAUCUGUUGAUGGGCAGUUAAAUAUUACAACAAGCAAUUCUAUAUGCAACCCUGCUACUGUGAAUCCCCUUGCAAUAGCAAGGAGCGUUCUGGAUGAACAGAGUUCUCAAUCUCAGGGACUAUCUCUAAGCCUUGGCUCACAGAUAUCAUCUGGAGUUUCUGUACCUUCAUUUCAGUAUCAACAAGAUUAUUCUUCAGUCUUUAGUGGUCAUCUUCCAUUUUCAGGAAAGGUAGCAAUUCCUUGUGCUGGUGAGGAAAGCAAAAGAAGUAAAGAGUUGAAAACUUCUGAUGACAUGCAAUUUGGCUUUCCUGGAGGCAACCAUGAUGCAUUUGAGACAGAUACUUUGUCUAACCCUCAGGGCUCAAUAAGUCACAAACAGAUGCAUUCUGAUAUAUAUCAAUUUGAAUCAGGUUUUGCAAGUACUAUUUUAAACUCCAAAUAUCUCAGGGUGGCUCAAGAGUUGCUUGAUGAAGUGAUUAAUGUACGAAAAGCUUUGAAACAGCCUGAUUUGGAUAAAAAUGUAAGCUCUCAACCGAAUCCCUCCAGUGGGAUGUCAUUGGAACCUAAUGAGUCAGUUAACAACUCCUCUUCUGAGAUAUCAGCUAUAGAACGACAAGAUUUGCAGAACAAGAAGACAAAACUCUUGUCCAUGCUGGAACAGGUUGAUAGAAGGUACAGACAAUACUACCAUCAAAUGAAAAUUGUGGUGUCUUCUUUCGACAUGGUAGCUGGUUGUGGGGCAGCUAAACCGUACACUGCACUUGCCCUACAGACAAUUUCCUGUCACUUCCGCUGUUUGCAUGAUGCAAUCACUGCUCAAAUUCAAUUGACUCAGAGAAGCCUUGGAGAGAAAGAUAAUUCAUCAAACAAUCAAGGAGGAGCGAUACCUCGGCUCCGCUAUGUGGAACAUCGGCUCAGACAACAAAGAGCUCUACAUCAGCAACUUGGUGUGAUGCGACAUGCUUGGAGGCCUCAAAGAGGGCUUCCUGAAAGCUCUGUUUCAAUCCUUCGUGCUUGGCUUUUUGAGCAUUUUCUCCAUCCUUACCCGAAGGAUUCAGAGAAAAUCAUGCUCGCAGAACAGACAGGCCUGACCAGAAGCCAGGUUGCAAACUGGUUCAUCAAUGCGAGAGUGCGUCUUUGGAAGCCCAUGAUUGAGGAGAUGUACAAAGAAGAGUUUGGUGAAAUGGACUCAGACUUCAAAUCUUCCUUAGAAAAUGCAGCCAAAGCAACUAGAGAAAAUUCUACAGCAUCCGAGGAUAGGGGAGAAGAAUUGCAAGAGAGUAUGACAUCCAAAGUUGCUGAUACUGAUAAUGUUCAACUGGGACAAGUUCAACACAUGAAACCUGGUCAUAUCCCAGAUUUAGAACUGAACAGGCCUAUUGCAAGAUCAAUGUUUCAAAAUAUUGCUAUAGGAGAUACGGGCUCACCUACUGGGAUGAAAUUACAAGUUGACCAGAUGAGUAACAUGGAGAGCAAUAAUCUUUAUCCAGAUACAGUAAUCCCAUCCAGCCCGCAUGGUCAUGGUAUGCUUAUGGCUUGUGAUUCCAUGUAUGGUUUAACAGAAUUGAGUAGUUUUUCUGUUGGUGGUCAAGUGUCGCUUGCACUUGGUUUAAGGCAUCAUGAAAAUGAUAUCUUUCCCAUGUCUGGAGAGACCAAUAUGAGAGCUAACAACAAGGUGGCUUCUUCUGUGGUACCAGAGACAGUGGACUUUCAUUGCGCGGAACCAGGAAAUCAACAAGACAGGUUUGGAAAUCCCCAUAUAUUACAUGAUUUUGUAGUCUGAAGAAUGUCCACCUCAAGGUUUAUGGACGGGGACACCUAAUUGUUGGAAAUGGCUAACUUGAUACAAUGACAAACCAAAACAGAAAAAGCAAGCCUUGAGAUGUUACUUUGGGAUGGCUGGUUCUAUGUGUUUCGUGUUCGAGUAGAUGAGAAAGACGAAGCAUUGUCAUGAUAGAAUAUAGAUAUGGGUUAUGGAUAUAUAAUACCCAUUUGUAACAUACAAAUAGAUCGGUGUAGUAGGUAUAUACAUCUGUAAAGAUAUGGUAAGAAAGAUUGGUAUAGCUUCUGUUGUCUGCUGAAUAAGGAUUCUUGUACAAGUAAUCAUAGGUGUGAUGUUGAUUUAUCCUAUUUUGGGAAUAAAUGUGAUUAGAAAUAAUUAGUACAUAAGCCAAUGAGAAUCCAGUGAACAUUGGAUACUUAAUUUGUAUUAAUAUGUGUUAUUAACAGACAAGUAUGCAGGAACAUUUUGUCAUAUCUGUGCAGAAUUAUGGAAUCCUGGUAAGCGUGGCACCAUAAACAAGUUUAUAAAUGGUCGAGUUCAGACUAUGGAAGCAUAUGAUAGAAGAAAUGAACAAAGAAGAGUUUGCAGAAUCUGAUCCAUCAUCAGCUAGCAGUUCUAUUGGCGGGGAAGGUACCACAGAUCAAGCUGAGGAUUGAAGGAUAAGCAAUGAUCACUUUUGCCAGAACGCAUCAACGCUACUAACCCUUUUGUUUUUGUAACCAAGGUUACUAUACUAAUCAGAUUGUACAAUGCUCUUUCAGGAUUUGAUUUUGAAACUAAUUAGGUUCAAAAUUCCGGACUCAAAUGCAUAUUUGAAGCUUAAUGGUGGAACUGUGGAGUUUAGCUCUCAUAUUUUUCUCAUGGCACCGUAUGAUAUAUUGAAUUCAGUUUUGACAUUUAAAUUCUAUUGUUGUUGUAAA